AUGCAUGAAGCUCUAAUGCUCUUCGAGUCUAUUGCUAACAGCCGCUACUUCGAGAAGUCUGGUCUGGUGUUAUUUCUCAACAAACUCGACCUCUUUACCGAAAAGGUUUCGUCAGGCCGAAGCCGCAUCCGCGACCACUUCCCAGAUUUUCAAGGCAGCAACACGGACGUUGCAGCAGGACAAAAGUUCUUCUCGGACAAGUUCCGCAACCUGGUACGGGACCCUACAAAGGAGGUUUAUGUGCACGGCACGACGGCCACGGACACCAACCUACUGGAGAAAACAAUGAAGAGCGUGCAGGACAUGAUCGUCCAGCGCAAUCUGCACUCAUUGAUGUUGUGA